AUGGCCAGCGUGAUAGGUUUUCCCCUGUUUGACGACGGGAACUUCAACAUCCUUAUAAACCCCGAUAUGUACAAUCUACAUGCGUCGGUUCUGGGAAGCAAAUCGCGCUUCUUUGAGGCCGCUUGUGCCAGGAUCAAUGAGCCUGGACAGCUAGGCGCGACCCGGUUGGUACUUGCCCCAUCAACAUUGCAUGACAAAGGUAUCUUCACAUUUCAAACAUUCGAGAGCUACAACCGGCAACUUGAAAAAGCGAUGUCACGUAUCGGUAUCGUUUGGCCCGAGACACUUCGCAAACGCUGGGCAAGCAUGUUCAGGAUAAUCUACAAUAUGGAUCCCUUACUCCAGAGUGUGGAUUCACAGUCAAUAGUCCUGGAAGCCAAGGAUCUCGUGCAAAUGGCAGAUGAUAUACGGGUUAGCUCGGAGGUCAUGAGAGCCCUAGAGACUGCGCUCUUGCGCCUCGAUCGGUUGAUCUACCAUUCCAUUUUCUGGCACCCGGCCAUUUGGGCUAACCUGGGAAUACGAAUGCGCUCCGCCGUGAUCUACCAAGAAGCCGUGAUUCAUCUCGUGGGUACAUGGAAAGCCUUGAACGCAACGACUAUCAAUCUCCUCGAACCCUACACUCGUGACCUCUGUCUGAAGAAACACCAAGAGCUCGUUCUGAGAAAGAAGACCGUCGAAAGCCGCAUCCUCUGUCACUACCCCGAAUCUUUGCACUGCCGCACAGGCGGUAACCUAAGCUGUGCGUCCUACGCAAACAACAUCUACAUGUGGAUGGCCAUCUGUUUCUUCCGCCAGUGGUUCAGCCACUCGAUCGUGCAGCGCCGUAACUACGUCGCUGACGAUGGAGGUGCAGCUCUCUAUCGCAAGAUCGGGGCUGCGGAUGUUUACCUCACGUCUCAGGAAAUGAAUUACUUCAAUCUGAAGUUUCCAAUGAGUACCAGGGGGCGUGCUAUGUUUGAGGCGAAGGUGCGGGAGUUGAAGGAAGAAAUAAGGUCUUUUGUCGAUGAGCUUCUCGUCAACAAUAGUAGAUACACCUUUGAUGAACUUCCUCAUCUGACCUGCUGUCGCGUUGAUGAGGAGGAUCUGCCUUGGAAUAACGAGGAAGAGGAAGAUGACCUCGCAAGCGAAAGCGAUGGACAAGGUGAAGCUUUUGUGAAAGUCGACGAAGGCAAGAUGUGUUUUGCAACGCAGGAAGCUGUCAACUAUAGUAGCGGCAGCACCACGCAAUCUGCUCAUAGUCACAUCCCGGACUUCAACAACAUGGAUAUAUAUCCAGGCACUCUGGGGUACCCAACUCCAUCAGACAAUCUCUAUCAACCUGGACACCUCCAUUUGGUGCCUAAUGUCAAUUAUGGCAAUACCGAGAGUUUCUUGACAAGCCAAACGAAUCCUUCAUUUAUGGAUUCCCAGUUUGGCUGGUUGAUGAAUCCGUGAUUCAUGUCCGCGUUGGGGCCCGGGAGGGGCACUUCGAGUGUUACGCCUUUUCAAUUGGGUUGAAAGGGCUUUAAACAAACAUGGUAAUACGUUUGGUUGUGUUUAUGGAGAGAAUUGUUUUGUUGAAUAUUCGACGUUCUAGCCAAUCCCGGUGGCUGACAUUUGCCGAAACAUGGUUGGUACGGCGCAUCCGAGGCACUCCACGAUGUUCAAUGUCUAGUCAUUGUAACUGGCUGGGCAUAACAGGUUCAGUGUACAGUCGAAAAGGCACCCGGUACUUCCUUAUUUGGAAGGUUUUAUGUUUUUCGUAUUUGGUUUCUGUUUGCUUUAUUUUAUCCAUGGAGCCAUUGGGCAGUUGAACGUCUGUAGCUAUGGAUGGCUAUGGGCAUUCGCUUUGUUAUGUCUUUUACAGUCAGAUAUUGAAUUGG